AUGCGGCACUUUCGGAACCAACGAGAAGUUCAGCAGCCCAAUGCCACCGACGAUGAUAGUACAUUAGCUGUGCCUAUGGGCGAACUGCCAGCUGCCGUUUUACCGGAUGCAUCGCCUCCAUUAGGACCCAUGCUGCCAGAAUCGGCUUGUGCGGUGAGCACUUCCGGUCCAGAUUGCAGCAGUACGACGACACCAUUAGGGGAGGGAUCACCUUUUUUGCGAUCAAGAGAUGUUAUUGCGCAGGCGAAAAGUGGUUUUGUAAUUGCUUUUGAAAAUGUGUCUUUGGAGGGACGAGCUUCUAUUUUUCGGUCGCCCCGUUUGAUUUUGCGAAAUGUGUCUGGUUAUUUUCUCGCUGGCUCUGUUGUUGUUGUAUUGAGUGCCAACGAAAUGUGCUCUCGCAAGUUGCUUGAGGUGUUGGCGGGUGUUGAAGAGCGAGCGUCUGGUUCAGUUAUGGCUAAUGAACUUCCGGUUGUAUCGACUGCUUUUCGUAGGCGAGUUGCCUUUAUCACGUCUACUGGGGUGUGUUUAAGAGAUGCCACAGUACGUCGCAACCUUCUUUUCUCGGUGCGUAUGCGUGUGGAAACUUUGGAAGAGGAUCGUAUUGUAAAGGAAGUUGCUAAAGCAGUGCAUCUUGACCAGUUGCUCGAUGUUAAGACAGAGAAACUAAGUCCUUCACAGCUUUAUCAGCUUACUUUGGGCAUGGAACUUGUGCGCAAUCCGAUGUUGUUAGCUUUGGAUAUGCCAAUGAGAAGUCUUUCUUCUGGUGAACUCCAUGGUUUUGUCUCCGUGUUGCGGGGUUUAUCUGGGAGUAGCGGGCGAGUUAUUGUCGUGUCAGCGACGGAGAUUCAUCGUGCACUCUUUGAUAUUGCCGACAAUAUUUUGCUGCUUGGAGCAAAAGGACACCUUCUGUACUCCGGCCCAAAGGCGGGGGUGGAGGAAUUCCUGCGGGAGCAAAGUUGUGUUCAAAGUAUGGGCGAUGAAUCCCUUGGGGAACUGUUAGUGGCACUCGAUGAAAAAGGGGAUUCACCUCGUGUAGCGGACAUAUUUAAAAGCAGCGCAGUUUACCGUCGAAUUCAACGUCAGGUUGAAGACCACCGGAAAAGCAUUGCUUUGAACGGCUUUGACCCUGUCCUGCAUGCUGCUGCGCCCUCACCAAAUUAUUUUCUUCAAUGGUACCUGCUGACUGCUCACACAUGCCGGCGCGCCACCAUUGAGCACCGGAGCUUUCUUGUUUCAUGGAUUACUCUCUUUCUUUUAUUUUUUCUUAUGGCCUCCCUGAUAGCGGGAUCAGGAAGCGAUCAAAAUGCCAUGCAAAACAAAAGAGGGGUUGUCUUUUUUCUUGUGUCAUGUUCAAUGCAGGUGAAUACAAUUUUAAUUGACACGGAAGUGAGGGAGUUUUUUUCAGCUGUACAUCUUCGAAACAACAAUUACUUUGACACCUUACAAUACUUUACGGCUACCGUGCUUCGUCUUGUUCUUACUCGGGCUAUUUUUGCAAUCAUUGCAGCUUGUUGCACUGCUUUCAUAUUAACAUCAUCCCUUUCUCUGGCAUUGACAAUGGGCCUCACGAGUCUUGCUCAUGCCUCUCUGACAUUGUUGUUGGUUUAUUGGCACCCUUUUGAGCAGGAUCUGUGGCUUUUUCAGAAUAUAUAUUACGUGUAUUGUAUCAUAUUGAGCGGUUUUCUUAUAUGUCUUCCGACGGUGCCACGAAUAUUUCCGGCCCUGUCGUUGCUACGCUAUGGUUAUGGCGGUGUGGUCGCAUCGGAACUACGCGGCAACCCGUAUUCGUGUGACACCAAAGCGAACCGUUCCUACUGCUACACGGGGGAUCAGUACCUGGUGAUGGAGGGAUUUGCCCAUGACAGCUGGGGGAAAUCGUCUUUGGUUCUUUUCAUCAUUUCUCUUGUGUUACUUGCACUCGUUGCCGUGAGUAUGAAUAUUGUAUGGGUUCCACACACACACUGA